AUGGAAAGAAAGAAUCAGACAAUUGUGACAAAGUUCAUUCUCUUGGGACUGUCAGAUGAUCCUAAUGUCCAGUUUGUCCUUUUUGCUACAGGGCUGUUGAUAUACAUGUUCACAUUAGCAGGGAAUCUGGUCAUUAUAGUUUUGAUACGAACUAACCAUCAUCUCCAGACUCCAAUGUACUUCUUGCUGAGCAAUCUGGCGUUUACUGACAUCUGCUACAUCAGCUCCACUAUGCCAAAGAUGUUAUGGGAUCUCAUGACAGGGAACAAGACCAUCUCCUUUGCUGGCUGGGCAUUCCAAAUGUUCUGCUUUCUAAUCACAGCAGGUACUGAUGGUGUCCUACUCACUGUUAUGGCAUAUGAUCGUUAUGCUGCCAUCUGCCAGCCAUUGCACUACACAUUGCUCAUGAGCCAGCCUGUGCUCAGAUGGCUUGUCGCAAUGUCAUGGGCGAUUGGAGGAGUUAACGGCAUUGUUGAUACUGCCUUUGUUUUCUCCUUGGACUUCUGUGGUCCCAAUAAGAUAGUGCACUUCUUUUGUGACAUCCCACCUGUCUUGCAACUGUCUUGCUCUGACACUUCCCUUGCUGAACUGGUGACUUUUAUGAUCUCUGGAGGCAUCUUGAUAGCAUCUGUCUCCUUCAUUUUCCUCUCCUAUGUCCUGAUUGUCUUAUCUGUGCUCAAAAUCAGUGCAGCUCAGGGCAGGAUCAAGACAUUCUCUACUUGUGCCUCCCACCUUACUGCAGAGACUAUCGCCUACAGCACAGCUAUUGUAAUGUACUUGACACCUGCCUCUGUCCGCUCCAGAGAAGUUGACCGUGUGAUCUCUGUGUUGUAUGCCAUCAUCACUCCUUUGUUAGCCCCUCUAAUCUACAGCCUCAAGAACAAAGAAAUGCAGACAGCGCUUCUGAAUGUUCUUGGAAAGAAAUAA